UGCCUACGACGGAUUUUUUCUAAAACGAUGCUACGACGCCUUGCGGUGGAGAUACGAGAUUCAUAGAAUAAAACAGAAGGGAUAGUUAUUUCUUUAUCACAUAUUUAAAGUUAAGAAGUUCAAGUAUUAAAGGAUAAUGGCAAACGUAGAAAUUGACAUCGUAGGUGAUAUGCAAAUACCACAACAAAAGCAAAAAUCUAGCACUGGGUUUGAAUUCUUACAGAUACCACAACUUCCACUCAGUAACAUAGGAUAUCCUCAAGCUCAUGAAUGGAUUGAACACAGAAAAGCAAAUAUUAGAUCAUGGUCUUUGUUUCUUAAUACAAGCAAUAUAAGACCUGCUCCCAGUUUACCAAGAUUGAGUAAAAGAAUUGUUAGAAAUAUUGAGUAUUUCCAAAGCAAUUAUUUAUUUGUAUUUGUUGGAUUAGUUAUAUAUUGUUUGAUUACAUCACCAUUGUUACUGUUUGCUGUUGUUGUAUCUCUUGGCACUUGUUACAAAGUUUCACAGCGACAUGCUAAACAGGAACUUAUGAUAUUCAAUCAUAAAUUAACAUUAGCUCAAGUUUAUAGUUUGGUGGGAAUUUGUUCAUUGCCAAUCUUUUAUUUGGUUGGUGCUGGUGCAGCUUUAUUUUGGGUUCUUGGUGUAUCUUGGUUUUUAAUAACUUUACAUGCAGCAUUUUAUAAUAUAGACUCUGUAUUAUGUCCAGGAGAAGAUGAACUCAAUUCUUUAGUUAUGCAAGAAGCUUCAAAAUGUGGAACAAUUUUUAGUUUAUAUUUUCGUGAUGAAAUUCGUACAAUUGAUUUUAUACUUGUUUGGGAUGAAUAUAAUGUAGAAGCUCAAACAUACCAUUGUACUGAAUAUAGACGUAUAUUUGAAAAAAAUUUAGAGAAAGAAGGUUUACAAUUAGAAUAUGAACAAGCAGAACCAAAUGGUUUACAUUUCAUAAAAAUUCAUGCACCUAAAAAAGUAUUAAGACGAUAUGCUGAAAUAUUAAAACUUAGAUUGCCAAUGAAAGAAUUACCUAAUAUGAUAAUUCUUGAAAAUCAUAGUAACACAUUAAUUAAAGAAGUCAAUUCAUUAUUCAAGAGAAUUAUGAAAAAGUAUUAUGUAAACCAAACAAUAUUUCCAACUUUGAAACAUAAUUUUACAGCUGUUUAUAGUCGUGAUAAAGAAUAUUUAUUCAAUUUGGAAUCACCAAAUUUUUUUACUACUGCAACACGUGCUAGAAUCGUACAAUUUAUUUUAGAUAGAACUAGAUUUACUGAAACUAAGGAUGACGAUUUUGCAUUUGGAAUAGAUAGAUUGAUUUCGGAAAAGGCAUACGUAGCCGCAUAUCCUCUUCAUGAUGUAACUACAUUGUUUUUGGAAUUAUGGAAACGAUAUUCAGCAGAAAUUACUCAUAAAUGGGAUUUGACUGGUUUAGAUGCUCAAGAGGAACAUCCUCGACCUCAGUACUUAGCACGUUUAGCACAUAUAAAAAAAAAAUCGCUCAAUGUUAUCACAAAUGCAGAAGAACCAAAAGUUCCCUUUUGGAAGAUGAGAGUUCCUGCUACAAUUCUCAGUUUCUCUGUCGUUUUGCUGCUGAUUGCAAUAGCAAUGGCCGCUGUCUUAGGCGUCGUUUUAUAUAGAAUGUCUGUUUUGACUGCUUUAAGUGUUUAUGGACAUCCUAUGGUAACAAGUUAUGCAAUACUAUUUACUACAGCUACUGCUGCUAGUAUUAAUUUGUGUUGCAUUAUAAUAUUUAAUUGGGUUUAUGUUUGGUUAGCUGAAUAUUUAACAGAGAUCGAACUACUUCGAACCCAAACUGAAUUUGAUGAUAGUUUAACAUUAAAAAUAUAUCUACUCGAAUUUGUUAACUAUUAUGCUUCCAUAUUUUAUAUAGCAUUUUUUAAAGGAAAAUUCGUUGGUUAUCCUGGAAAUUAUAAUCGCUUCUUUCAUUAUCGACAAGAAGAAUGUGGUCCUGGUGGUUGCCUUAUGGAAUUAUGCAUACAACUAAGCAUUAUUAUGAUUGGCAAGCAGGCCAUGAAUACGAUAUUAGAAAUGUUGUUUCCAUUAUUUUACAAAUGGCUAAAUACUUUAAAAGUACAUGUUGGAAUGACAACAGAAGAUGGACAAAGAAAAAUUACUACUAGAAAAUAUCUCCAAUGGGUUAAGGAUUAUAAAUUAGUGGAAUGGGGUCCAAGAAGUUUAUUUCCCGAAUAUUUAGAAAUGGUGCUACAAUAUGGGUUUGUUACUAUCUUCGUUGCUGCAUUUCCAUUAGCACCAUUUUUUGCAUUAUUGAAUAAUGUUUUUGAAAUGCGAUUAGAUGCGAAAAAAUUGUUAACAAUGUAUAGAAGACCAGUUGGACAACGUGUUACUGAUAUAGGCAUAUGGUACCGUAUUUUAGAUUCCAUUUCUAAAUUAUCUGUUAUAACUAAUGCAUUCAUUAUAGCUUUUACUUCGAACUUUAUACCUAGAUUAGUUUAUCGAAUAAUUGUCUCUGAUAAUUAUUCUCUAGAAGGAUUUCUAGAUCAUUCUCUUUCGAAGUUUAAUACAAGUGAUUUAAAAAACGGUACUGAACCAUUUUCAACAUCUCAACGAGUUGAAAUAUGUAGAUAUCCAGAUUAUAGGGAACCACCUGAUUCAUCAAAUAAAUAUCAAUAUACUAUUAUGUUUUGGCAUGUACUUGCGGCAAGAUUAGCUUUCAUUGUUGUUUUUGAGAAUAUUGUUGCUCUUGUAAUGAUAUUAGUACGAUGGUGUAUUCCCGAUAUGAAUCCGAAGUUAAGAGAUAAAAUUCGACGCGAAGCAUAUAUAACUAAUGAAAUAAUUAUUCAACAAGAAAUGCUUCGUGCUUGUGAACGAUCUACUGAUGUAGAUGCAAAUCAACAUUUAAUUAGAUUAAACGAAAAUACAAAUCGAUGGAAUAGAGUCAUGAGAAAUAGUUUAUCUAAUUCUGAAUUCGAUUUAGAAAUUCACGGAAGUCCUGUAUCACCAGCUAACACACAUUCACGUGUUAGUCCUGCCGCAUUAUGAUCAUUUUUAGAUCAAAAAAUAAAAAUUCAAUAAAAAAAAAAUUAUAAUUGUGAUUCUAGUCACAUAUAUUAAUUUCAUUGAUCUGACAAUUUUUAAAAAUAUAUAAAUAAAUUGAUAAAAAUAUAUAAUACAUAUAAAGGAA